CUUCGAGAUACAUCUGCGAAACGCAAUAUGUUAGCACCACGUCGUAUGACAUCUCCUUUAGUCUUCAAACUUAAGGCCGCAGGCAGAAGUUGGAGAGCAGGCCAUCAAAUGCUAUUAAUAGGCACCAUAGGUAGGAAGUCAUAUCCUUUGCAUAUAGUUUAGACUAUCGGCAAAUUUUCUCUUGACUAGGACACUAUAUGUCAUGAUAUAAUAUACCUAGCCUCGUUAUUCCUAUACCUAAAUUUCUCAAAGCCUUAUCCACAAAAGCAAUCUCUAAGAGUGACUGAAGCUAUGCAUAUAUGGUCACUGAGCAGUAUUGCAGGCACUUGCAGCACGGUUCUCGCACUUUUCCUCUUGGCCAUUCCUUUUGUAUCUUUUAAAAUCUGGCAGCGGAGCCAAAAUAAGUCCAAGCAACCUCCACGACUCAAUGAGACGAUCCCAUUCGUGUCUAACGCCUGGCAGUUCAUGACAAAUAAGAGGGCCUUUAUAUCACGAGUAAGAGUGUCUUUAGAAACAAGCCCCAUUGUACAAUGCCGAAUCGGCCCUUUAAACCUACAUCUUGUUACUGGUGGAAGUAAUAUCUCAGCAAUCUUCCGGUCAUCUUUCACCUCAGACCCUUGGAUCUUACGCAUACUCCAGCAUAGCGCAGGAUAUUCACCCACAGAUCUAGCCAAGUUCCGCCAAGACGAGUCUGGUAGUGCUAACCUCCCGCGUAGCGGGAGCACCCGAUUUUUUUCCCCUGAGAAACGCAUCUGGUAUGCAUUGCACCGGACAUAUAACGAUGGUCUAGUUGGCGCUCACCCUGUUGAUGCCUUUUCCGCAUCAUUCCAAUCCUCCUUCAGCCAGAAGCUAGCCAUGUUCCUACCCGGGGAAUGGGUUGAAGUUCGGGUCUUCGACUUUCUCAAACGGCAUAUGAUGACUGCCGCAACGAACUCCGUGCUAGGGCCACGAAUCAUCGAGGUUAAUCCAGGUUUUGAAGAUGCCUUCUGGCAGUAUGAGAAAGCUGUCGAGACGCUGGCUUUUGGGUUACCAAGUUGGUUAAAUAGAGAAGGUGUACGAGCCCGAGAUCGCUUCAGUGCUAUGUGUCUUAAGUGGUACAAGCUUGCUGAUCAAGAAUUUGACUGGGAUAACUCUAAGUCACAUGAAGGCGUACCCCUGGACUUGGAGCCCGUUUUCGGAUCACAAAUCUCGAGAGGACUGGCUCAGUGGUCGAGAUCAUUUGGCUUUUCAGCCGACAGCGUGGGUGCUGUGUAUGCUCUAUUUCUCUUUGGACUUCAUGCUAACACAAUCCCGCUUUGUGCAUGGAUUAUGAUGGAACUUAUCAAAGACCCCAGCCUCUUCCAAGCAGUCAAGAGGGAAGUUUGUGAAGCUGAGAUCACUGGUUCUCUUGUUUCUGAGAAACUGGACUAUCAAAAGCUAGCCUCACUACCACUCUUGCAGUCGGUGUAUACUGAAGCUCUGCGUCUCCACGUGGACGUACUUAUUACAAGGACAUCUACAGAGCCUGUUACAAUUGCUGGUUAUACUCUACCUAAAGGAUCAGUCGUCCAGGCUCCAACUGGAGUUGCUCACCUUGAUGAAUUUACCUGGGGCACACAAGAUCAUCCGGCUAGUGAAUUCUGGGGUUAUCGGCAUAUAAAGGAGAUAGAGAUAAAAGAUGAUGUGGGACAUAUCACGAAACAACUUAGUUUCUCCCUUGCAUCUCGUACAGGCUCCUUUUUCCCAUAUGGCGGUGGCAUAAGCAUGUGUGCUGGGCGAAAUUUUGCAAAGCCAGAAGUGCUACUCGCUGUUGCUAUGAUGGUUUCGGAGUUCGACAUAGAAUUCGUCGAAUGGAUCGAAGCGGACGGGUCUCUUUCCCCCAGAGCUGCCGUGGAUGACAUGAGAUAUGCAAAUGCAGUAGUGACUCCCCCUGAUAGAGAUAUGAAAAUAAAGUGGCGAAAGGCGUGGUAAACGAGUCAUAAUGAGUAUUAAGACUGGUAAGGGAUGGUUGCGACGGAACUAGGCUUCGACAUCCUCGCCAGUCAACUGCGCCCUCUCUUUCGGCGCCAUCAGGACAAAUCGUGCCGGAAUAAUAACAGUUUGUUUACGACUUAUUUUAAAGUUAACAUUCCCAAUUAUGUUUUAGAUUGACUUGGUGGUGUUAAUCCGUUGCCAUUGGCACAUUUUUGCAAUGUAUUUUAUUGGAAAAAAGAUAGGUUCGUCAACCGUAAUCUCCUGCUCGAAAAUACCUACGUAGCAUACUAGGUACCUAGCUUUCCAUGGCAAAUUCCAUUUGUCAAUCAG